AGCCCCUCCCACACGGAGGUGAGGUCCACCCACUUUGACAUCUCUGGGCUGAUACAAACUUGGGAAAUAUUCACAUCCUCCUAGAGGAGAAGAACAAACUCCAGGUGCAGCAGCUGAAAUCUGUGCCUGUUAAAGAUGGAGUUUAUUAAAGAGGAGACUGAAGACAUGAGUGAUCCAGAACCAUCCAGAAUAAAACAUGAAGAUACUGAGGAACAAACAGACCAGAUGAAAGUGACAGAGCAAAGACAAGAACUGAGUGAACAACACCGUGACUUCAAAACCCAAAUAAUAAAAGCCAAAAAGCUGCAGACCUGUGAUCAGCGUGGUAAAGAUUCAUCACAUCUGAAAACACACCUGAAGGACCAUAUAAACGAGAAACCUCUCUCGUCUUCUUUCCAUGGAAAGAGUCGCUCAUUGAUGGAAAAUUGUGAACAGCACCAGAGAACUCAUAAUGAAGUGAAAGAUCAUGUGUGUCGUGAUUGUGGGAGGAGCUUUACUAAAGUUACCAGUUUGAAACUGCACCAAAUGAUUCACACCGGAGAAAAACCUCACAAGUGCUCAUAUUGUAGCAAGAGUUUCACUCAGGCAGGAACCAUGAAAAUACACGAGCGAGUUCAUACUGGAGAGAAACCGUAUCACUGUACUCAGUGUGGAAAGAGUUUCACAUAUAGAACUGAUCUCAAUGUUCAUCUCCUCGUUCACUCUGGAGAAAAUCCAUUUACAUGUGAUCAGUGUGGUACAGAUUUUAAAUCAUCAACUGUUCUGAAAGAACACAUGAAAAUUCACACAAAUGUGAGACCGUAUGCAUGUUCGGUUUGUGAAAAGUGUUUUUUUCGGCUGGAUCAUUGUAAACGGCACCAGAAAACACACACCGGUGAGAAAGAUCAUGUGUGUCGUGAGUGUGGGAAGAGCUUUACUAGAGCUGACAAACUGAAACAGCACCAAAGAAUUCACACCGGAGAAAAACCUCACAAGUGCUCAUAUUGUGACAGGAGUUUUAAUCAGUCUGGAAACCUGAAAGCACACGAGCGAGUUCACACUGGAGAGAAACCAUACUACUGCCCUCCCUGUGAGAAGAGCUUCGGAUUUUUAAAAAGCCUUGAAAAACACAUGAAAAUAUGUCCUAAUUUGUCACAGUGAGCUACAUUUUAAUGUUAGAACAGUGUGAGAUAAACAAAAUCUUGAGUUUCUCUCAAAAGCACAAAAAACAUCUAGUUUAAUUUUGUGAAUUUUCACUUGUUCUUAGUCUGAUUAAGGAACUAUAGAGUGUAGGACAUUAAAGCUAUAAUGAGAGCAGAACUGAGCAAAAGCAGAAGAAAAGCAGCGGGCCCCAAAGGCAACAUGGAUGACCGUGAAUCACAUAUCCUGCCGCCAACAAGUCUGGAGCGAAAUACCGGCUGUCUCCUUCACAGAAGAAGAUUGUUAAAUCUAGGCAGAUAACUCAAGAUUAAUGGUGGAAGAGAUCCGACUCCCUCCCCACCGAGGACAGAGAGAAAAUCCUUUUGGCCUUCCUCACAGAACAGAGCUCUCUCUUGAGGAAUGGCUGCCCUAACGUAUCAAAAAUGCAUAAGAUCAUCCGACUUAUAACCAAACAUCAUUCCACUGCACAAUGCCCCAUCAUCUGUGUAACCCAAUCAUUUGAUUAUCCUGUUUUAAUCACUCGUUGUCUAUGUGCAGUGCUUGAAGUGGGCAAAAACGAUCCAGUAACCCCCCUACCCCCUUUCAAAAAUAAAAAUAAAAUAGAAAUAAAUUAUGUGAUUCCCUCUUUUCUUUUAUCUUGGGAUUAACAUUAAUGUGACAGACGGCCUGCAUUAAUUCUAUUCAAUUCAAGUUUAUUUGGAUAGCUCUUUUCACGAUACAAAUCAUUGCAAAGCAGCUUUACAUGAAAUUAAGCUUCUACAAUAUAUUUAGCUUAUCAGUGGUGACUAUGUCAAGUUGAUGUAU